AUGCAACCAUCCGACUCUCCGGAACGCUUGCAUAAACGAAGACGACUAGAUGGACAAGACCAUGCUGCCGGUGCAGGUCUAAACCCUCCUGAUGUCCCACAAUGGCAUGAUCAGCCGCAUACCGCCGCAUCAACAACAGCGACUACUCCAUCUGCAUAUCCUGUGCCGCAUGCCCUUGCUCCACCUUAUCGUGCUCCCGUAGCUCAAUCACCAGAACAAGACGGAUCGCCGCCACUCAACGGCAAUGAUCACGGCAGCCACCCUCAUCAGCAUCACCACCAAUACGCCGAACCACCUUCUUGGUCAAACCCUUCUCUUUCCAAUGACGCUUCCGCACAGCCUUCUGCAUAUCCCGAGCUGACUCCUUAUCAUCAACAACCAUAUUUCCACGACCGGCAGAGCUCUCAUUCAUCGCCAUACCACCAGGGUGAAGAGACUUGGCAAGCACCGCCAACUUCCUCUUAUCCGCCUGUUGGCGUAGGUUCUAGUUCGAGUUCCUAUCCGGCACGAGAUCAGCCGGGUACUGCAGUCAUGCCGUAUUUCCCGUCUUCAGAGUCGACGUACGGCAAGGCAGAGCCUCAUAUGGAAGCGCCGCCGUCGUCAUAUUAUCCCGCCGAAAUCGAAUCGGCAACACCAUAUCCUUAUCCGCAGCAGGUCUCUGCUCUCUCCCGCUCGCACGACGCGACUCGCCAUGGCUCGCCAUAUUACAACGCUAACGAUGACGCGAGCAUGAACAUGAAGAUCCAGAGUCUCCCCAUUCUCGAUAACCUGGCUACGCAAUUGAUCCACACUCUAUCAAAGGCCAGCUACCAGCAGAUCAAGGAGCUCAUGAGCGGCAGCGAUGCCGAAGAGAGCCAAGCUUACGCCACGCUCAAGAGUCUCUUCGAUCAGACACGAAAAGUCUACAGCCGAGAAACACCUUUCAUCGAUGCGAUCGCGAUUCAGAUGUUUCAGCCCAACCAGCAAGAAAUCAUUCGCAGAGCGAAUAUCGCUACCUUCAUCUCCAGCAUCCUCGGGGCUUUCGACGUCACGUUCUACCACUUGAACGAAUACUUCAUGGAGACCUUUGUGCCAUUGAGUCAUCGCUUGUUGAAGUGGCAGGGUGCAAUCUACCUGGAAAUGAAGACUCAAACAUAUAUAUCGUCUCUGCUCAACAGCCAAGGCAGCCCUGAGGAACUCCUGGAAGAGCUUUUCCCACCAGAUCUAGAUGCUCAAAUUCUGACGCGCCAUCCUGAUGCGCCGAGUCUUUCGCCUAGUGAGCAAGAUUUCAUCGACCGGAGCCGUCAACGAAAGAGCUACCUCCUCGCCGAGCCAGCCUCCGCCGAGACCGCCCGAGAGCUUCAGAAGAAAUAUUCGUGGCAAGACUUUUCUCGUGAAUUUGCCGCCUUCAUCAGCAAGAACGUCGACGGCAUCAUGAACGUCCCAACCCGCGCCCACGCGGGCGGCAGACAAUCCGCAAACGAGAGCAGCACAUCCGUCACCAAAGCCGGCAGCGGCAGCAUCGCCGGCAGCAUCCUCUCCACCCUAUCCAAGAGCAUCACCGCCGCCGGCAACGCCAAAUCCCGCUCCGACUCCAACGUCGACGGCAAGAAACCCUUCUCGGGCACCGGCGCGGGACCCAACGGCACGCCCGGCGCCAGCGGGCCCUCGACCGCCCCAACCAGCACCACGGCCGGCACCUCGUCCACCAUCCGGCAGCCGUGGACCAAACCCGAAGAAGACGCGCUCCUCUCGGGCCUCGAGCGGGUCAACGGCCCGCACUGGUCGCAGAUCCUCGCCCUCUACGGCCGCGGCGGCAGCGUCUCCGAGGUCCUCAAGGACCGCAACCAGGUCCAGCUCAAGGACAAAGCCCGCAACCUCAAACUCUGGUACCUCAAGACCGGCAAGGAGGUCCCCGCCAGCCUGAAGGGCGUCACCGGCGAAUUGAGGAAGAGGGGCGGUGCGCGCGCGAGGGCGGCGUUGGAGGGCGCGGCCAACGCCGCCGCUUCUGCCGCGAAUGGCGAGGCCGGUAACGUUGCGGGAGGGGAAGGUGGCGGUGUGGGCGGUGUUGAGAACGAGAAUGCUGAGAACGGAAAGGGAGGAGGGAAGAAGAAGGCGAAGAAGUAG